UGUGGAAUGGUCCCUCAGCUUCUCUAACCGAGCCAGGCUUUUUCCAGCUCUCUUCCGAACAAGUGAAGAAGCGAGAGGAACUGAGUUUGUUUUCUCGAGUUGGGGAGGAGCCAGCGAGUUUUUUGGAGUUUCUAACUCCAUUCUGCGGCGCGCACACGAACUCUACGAGGACAUCGCUUGAGAAGCACAAGCACGGACUCUUUAGUUUCGGCAAUACUAGUCUACCUGCUUUGGCAAGAACAGACGACAGGACUCCGCGGACUAUACAGCCAG